CGGCAUCAGUAGGCGUCCAGUGAAUGUCAGUGCAAAUACAGUAGUCGUUACAUUUAAGGGUAGUGAUGAGUCCAUGUAAUUAUACUAUAGUACUGAAGUAAGGAAGGGGUGUGCAGCCUUCCCAUCGGCUAUUUCCCAAAACUUAGCAAACCAGAGUGAAACUUGGUAGUGACAGGUAUGUAUGAAAGACCAGAGACUGAUUCUCUUGCAAGUUCAAACAUUUUUUUAAUAUUUUGAAGGAGACCAUCAAGCAGCAUUCCAUCGAAGUCAAAUUAUUAUGUUUCUAGAAAGCAAUCCCUUCAACAGCAUGAUUUCUCUGAAGAUGUAGAAACUGCAGUCAAUCUGCGGAGUCUUGCCUAGAGGUUACGCAUAACUGCAUUUUCUGACUUCGGGUCAGGUGUACAUAAUCUUAUAUAUAUAUGUAGUCGGUCCAAACGAUUAGAUACGCAACGGUGUUUGCACUUUUAGUCUGCUGCGCACUCUGCCUCCAUCCUCAGCUGCGUGUGCCAAUUUCUGACAUUUGACCCGAUGCUUUCCGCUACAUUGGUAGGCGUCUACUUGCACGAUGUUGGAUAUACUUGCUGCUGAGGAAGGCAGUUUAAGAGAUUUGAGGGCAGCAUUAUUACAAUAAAUCAGCAAGAAAACGAAUAAGAAAGGGGCGGUCGCGCAAAAUGACUUGGAAAAAGGAGGAGAGCAUGUGUUUGUUGGAGACGACAGGGCGCCAACGGUACACUCCCCCCCAGCUCAGAUAACAUCUGAAAAAAAAAUGAAGCAUCGGACUCCACCAUCUAUAGAAAGCUUUGCUGAGCUCAUUGUGUCAGUUAACUGUCAAAGAAUUUCGGCAAGGAUUUUUUUACCCUUUUUGGUGUACUGCUUGAGGGAGCCGCCCGCUAUUUAAACGGAAUCAGAACGGGCACCCUUUUCCACUACGCGCAACUGGGACCACCUCUCUGAAUCAUCACUGGGGAAAAGCAGAAUUAACUUGUUUUUAAGCCUGAACAUUCCUAAUUGACAUUUGUGUUUUAAACAAUGGGAUAUAUGAACAUUAAUUUGUGCGUAAUUGGAAUAACCUGCUUAAUAACUGUCUCCAUGCAAGGUGAAUACCAGAGAAAGCUGUAUAAAGAUCUGUUGGAGAACUACAACCCUCUGGAAAGACCAGUUGCCAAUGAUUCACAGCCUCUUAUGGUCAGUCUGUCUCUUAGUCUAAUGCAAAUUAUGGACGUGGAUGAAAAGAAUCAGGUGCUAACUACAAACAUUUGGCUGCAAAUGUAUUGGAGUGAUUACUACCUGCAAUGGAAUGUCUCAGAAUACCCUGGGGUGAAAAAUGUGCGAUUCCCUGCAGAAAGGAUUUGGAAGCCCGAUAUUCUUUUAUAUAACAGUGCUGAUGAGAAGUUUGAUGCCACAUUUCAUACCAACAUCUUAGUGAGUUCAUCUGGACACUGUGAUUACUUGCCACCAGGUAUCUUCAAAAGUUCAUGUUACAUAGAUGUGCGCUGGUUUCCUUUUGACAUACAAAAGUGCAAACUAAAGUUUGGAUCCUGGACAUAUGAUGGCGGGUCUUUGGAUCUAGAAAUGAGAUCACCAGAUUUAUCUGAAUAUAUCUCCAAUGGAGAGUGGGAUCUUGUAGGAGUCGAUGGGAGCAGACAUGAAACUUUUUAUGAAUGUUGCAAGGAACCGUAUCCAGAUGUUACAUUUGUUAUUACUAUGAGACGGAGAACUCUUUAUUAUGGCCUCAAUCUUCUGAUUCCAUGUGUGAUCAUAUCUGCACUAGCCUUACUGGUUUUUCUGCUGCCUGCAGAUUCAGGGGAGAAAAUUUCACUAGGAAUAACAGUGUUGCUAUCUCUGACGGUAUUUAUGUUGCUUGUCGCAGAAAUUAUGCCGGCAACAUCAGAUUCUGUGCCACUGAUAGCCCAGUAUUUUGCCAGCACAAUGAUUAUUGUUGGUCUCUCAGUGAUCGUAACAGUGCUUGUACUGCAGUUUCAUCACCAUGAUCCUAAUGGAGGAAAAAUGCCAAAGUGGACGAGAAUCAUAUUGCUGAACUGGUGUGCAUGGUUUUUGCGCAUGAGGAGGCCCGGGGAAGAUAAAGUACGCUCUGCUUGCAAGCAUGAAGUGCACCGCUGCAGCUUGACCAGUGUGGAGCUGAACACCUCUAGUGCCCAGCAGACAACUAAUGGCAACAUGCACUACAGUGGAUAUCGCGGAAUGGGAGGCGCUCACUGCACUCCAACUACUGACUCUGGGGUGAUAUGUGGAAGAAUGACCUGCUCUUCUACAGAAGAAGACAAUAUUAUGCACACUGGACACUCCUCUGAUGCUGACCCAGAUUUAGCUAAGAUUUUAGAAGAAGUUCAGUAUAUUGCAAAUAGGUUUAGGGCACAGGAUGAAGAUGAAGCAGUCUGUAGUGAAUGGAAAUUUGCUGCCUCUGUGGUUGACCGCUUGUGCGUGAUGGCUUUUUCAAUCUUAAUUAUUCUUUUGACUAUUGGUAUAUUGAUGUCUGCUCCUAACUUCAUAGAAGCUGUGUCAAAAGACUUUGCUUAACUCAUAUAAAUAUAACUUUUAUGGCACUAUACUAUGUUUGUGCAUAUACAAUGCAUAAUUAUUUUACUUGCUUAUUCUUUUGUUGUACCACUAUUAUUUCUUGCAAAAUUCAAAUAAAGAAAAAUGGAGAUAAAGAGAAGACAAGGAUGGAGGGAGACAGAAAGUGAGAGAUAGAUGAAAGGGAUCAAGGGAAUAUAAAAACAUAGUUUUCUUGAGAUGUUUGGUAGAAUCGCAAUGAGAAGAAACCACAUUACACAAUAUAUAUGGUCAGCCUAUUAUGAAAAUGCUUCUUGAUGUUGUUCCAGGCUUUACCAUAAUGUUUGUUAUGUAUCCUGUGUUACAUAUGAUCAGGAAAAUCAUCUUAUGGUAUGCAAAAUAAUGGAGUGGAUUAAUUGUCAAUAAGGAAGACUAAGGAACUGAGAAAUUCUACCUGAACAGUAUCAAGUAUAAUACAAAGUUACAUGCUGAAAAAUCCAGGAGCUCAGAUAAAUGGUUGCACCAAAAAGAAAAAGUCCCAGUAAUAAAAUAUAUCAAGGUGUGACCAAAAUGAAGCCAUAUAAAUAGAUCAAUAGAUAAUUCACUGUACUAAGUGCUUUCACAGUAGCAUGACACUGCUUUUUCAGACUAGUCUGAAGAGAAAGAUAAAGAGAGUAGUCUGAAGAAGCAGUGUUACGGUACUGUGAAAGCAUUUACUACAAUAAAGUGUCUAUUGAUCUAUGUGGCUUUGUUUUGGUUUUACCUUUGACAAAUUCUAUUAAUGUAACAAAGUUAUAUUGACUUGCCCAGUAUCUUAACAUGCUUAGGGACUGAAUGUAGCAGGGCAAGUCAGAUUGUAUUCAGGCUGAACGUUUCAAAGUCUCAGCUUAGUGUCUCAGAUAAUUAGCUUCAUGAUUUGAUCAAUAAAUGUGCUGGCAUUCUUUUGGGGACACUAGAUGCAUUUCACCUUAAAAACAAAAAUAACAGAUAUUUUAGAUAUUUUUAGAACUGUUUUAUGGAACUUUCUCUUUCUGCCAGCCAAAAAUGAUGAUUUUGGUGGAAGAACUGUGGACAGUAGAUCAAUGAUGCGUAUCUAGUACUAGUAUAUGUAAUUUUUUAGAUUUUUUUAUCACUUUAGUUAAUGGGGAAAUUUAAUAGGAUAGAUACUCUAGUUAAUACCCAGGAUUGCAUUUAUUAAUGGCUGCCCAUGUCCAAGAUGGUUGUGGGUGCUAUCCCCGGUAAGAAUUUAUGGUGCUCCAUCCACUCAUCCAGGUUCCUGUUGAACAGUGCCAUAGAGCACAUAAAUUGGUAUCCUAUUCCAAAGAAGUGGUAAUCACUGCACAACUGCAUGGAGUUACUCCAUGUUCAGAGUACUGUGGGGAAGACCCCCAUUUAAGUCAUAGUGACUUAAGUAACAACUUAGACUGAGAACAGCUCUUUUGAAAUCUUGCUCCUUGUAUAACCCUAAUUAUAGAUAGGCUUUACACAAAAGUAAGCCACUUAUAUUGAAAACAGUUCUUAUGGAAUCUGGUUGAUUAUCUGCUUCACAAAUUACAACAAAUUUAAAUUAAAAUUAAAAUUAAAACAUCAAAAGAAUAUGACAGUAGCAAGUGAGAAAGGAAUAUCAAAAGCAAGGGAUUUUUGACAUCUCUUCUUCUGGGUGGCACUAAAUUUUUUAUUGCCAUUGGUAAAAUAUGAAUUUGCUAUAUAGGAAAGAAGUGGAAAAUCAAUAUAAAAUGUACAUGUUAUUGUUUUAUUUGAUUUUUUUCAAAUUUGUAUCUGUGAUUAUAACUGUCAUUUUAUUGGCCAUUGUACCUGUACCUAUUUAAGUCCACAUCAUAAAAAAUUUCAAGACGUGAUAAAAUGUUCAAAUAUUUGCUCAUUUUCAUAUUUUUAUAAUUAAUAAUAUUCAACAAAAAAUGUGAGAAGAUGAAGGGCAGAAAAAGAAGUAGAGCAGAGAGAUGGAGAAAAAAAGACAAUGAGAAAGAGGAAGAUGAAGAGAUGAAAUGAAAGAGCUAAAUAAAAAUACAUUAAAAGUAUGUGAAAGUUUUAAAUAAAUUAGUACAUCUGAAGAAUUUACCCAAUUUAGAAAUUAUUAAAACAUUAAUGAAGCUGUAGCUAAUUUAUAUGGCACAAGAUUUCAGGACAUUGUUGUGAUGAGACCAGUCAUAUUAUCAGAAAACCAAGAUGUAUAGAACAUAUAAAACAGUUAACAACUUAGUAUUUUAUAUAUUAGGUUUAGUGAGGGAAGGAAUAACAGUGUCUUGAAAGACAUACAAGUAAUACAUCCUCCAACAGUACAGCAAUUGUUCAAACUGCAUUGGAAAUGGAAUUAAAGACUUGAGUAUAAAUUAUACUUAGCAUAAAUGUUAAUCAGUUCAAUGUGCCUUUAUGUGUUCUGCAUAUUGUGAAUUUGCUGGUAGCUCUGCAAUGCAUUCAUUAUGAGAAUAAACUUACUGUGCUCAAUACAUAACAUAAGCAAAAUUAUUCUUAAAUCAUAAAUUUAGCACUGUAGCAGUUCUGAAUUAGUAAUUACAGAGUAAUGCAAAGAAUAUUGUAAAAUCAAGAGAUCCGUCAUUUAUACUAGCCCGUAUAACUUGUAUACUAUAUUUCAGCAAUGAAACCUUAAUACUUUGGAAGAUAGAAAUAAUAUAAACAAGGCCUGAAAAAUAACUUCAUUGUCUAAUGACUCUUUAGCAUAACCAUGUCAUUUACUAAAGUAGUCCAUAAGAGUUGCAUCUGUAGUUGUCAUCAUGUCAUAACAGACUUUCAAAACAAUGUAAAGGGCAAUGGAAUUCAAAAAAAAAAAAAUAUGUGGGCAUUUAUACAAAAUCUAUUGUCAGCAGACUCAUAUCAAAAUUAUUAGGGUUUCUGGAAGAUAUUAGAAUAUGCCAGGGAUAGAUGUUAAAGCGAAUUCCUUGCUUGAAAUCAUUAUUAAUGACGUAGUCUGCUCCAAAGUAAGGAGUAGAGAUAAUCAUUAAUUGUUGAGCAAAGCAUAUUCUAACAAUAUAUAUAGGUACUGUUAAGAAAUAAAAAUAUUCUUGAGAUAGAAAAAUCCUCACAAAUAUUUUAAAAGUAUAUUAUGGCACUGGACUUUUCAAGGUUUACAACUGAGGUAAGAGAAAAGCACAUACCGUUUAAGGGCUGACUGUAAUAUAUGUUGUUCUUAUAGUGCUCAACUCUGUAGUGUUUUGAUGAAGAUUAUCUCCUUGCUAAUUGUGCUGAAGUCAAACUAUUGGCACAGUGACAGAAAAGAAAGUAAAAAAGAGUGACAGAAUAAAUAUUAGCAGCAUAUCAUAUCAUAAUGAACAGUAUAAAAGAGCUAUUUAUAUGUGCUCAGUGUGGGGAAGACCUUUAGCUGACUGUAUGUUAAAUGUACAUCAGCAGGUGUGAAUUAAUUUUGCUAAUAUCCCCUUAAGUUAUGGAAAUAAUGUUAACUAAUAGAUUGUUUAUACUAAACACUGCCCUGUUUAUAUUAUCUCUCUUUAAAGACUUUCACAUUCUGUUAGUUGAAAACCAAUUUUAACAAGUGUCUUAAACUUUCGACUACUCAUAUGGGAAAAUAAUAAAAUUAUAUUGUGACUUUUUUACCUUACUCUUUAAUUAAUUAUUCUGUGUUUAUGAUCACCUUCAUAUUCUUCUGUAGUGGUCAUUGCUGUUAGACAAAGGUGCAAAAUUCAUCUUUUUCUCCAGCACAGCAAACCUGUGUAUCUACCAGUGAGAUAGUAAUACAAGACUAAAUUUAAUAAUGUGGCAUAUAUGAACUUGAUAAGGAAAUGUACUAUUCCACAUGAUGUGCUCCUGCUUAAUUCAUCUCCUUUGUAGCACAACACAGUGAUUGCUUUGUUUAUAUCAAACAAUCAUUCCAGUUCUCACUUGCCAUAUAAAACAUUUUUUUUCAUUUACCACAGAUAUUGAUGCAAAACAAAUUGUCACUUUAUGGUGUAUUUUUCUGUCUUGUGUCUUCGUCUGUAGCACUGUUUCUUGGCAGCAUGUGUGUUCCUCUUUUCUCAUCAAAGAAACAAAAAAGACAUUGGACUAAUAAAAGUCUUCAAAAUGGUUGACAUUUAAGUUUCUAGCAACAUUGCUAGGGAAAGGGAUGAUACUGUACAAAAACUGAGGAAUCUUUAUUGUUCACUGUAUAAUUCUGUAUACAAUGGGCCUGUAUUAUGCAAAAGCAACUGAAAGAUGCUUAAACAGUCCUUUCAGUCACAAGUCACAGAAAUUGAUAUGUUAAUUAUCAUUGUUUAUGGUAGUGGCAAUCCCACAUCAAAAGUGAACAGGGCAGCAUGCCUUAUAAAAAUGUUCCUUUGUUUUACAGAAAAAUGGAUCAAACAAAAUGACCAUGUACAAUAAACACACAAAUUUAAUUGAGAUUUAUAGUAACCACUUUCAUCCCUUUAAAAUAACUUCAUCAGAAAAGUCACACAAUACAAUCAAACUAGUUAUACACAAUUACCUAAAAUCACAUGAUGUUUACAAACCAAUGAUUUUAUAUAACUAAUGCUGCAAUCCCUAACUUCUUAAGAAGGCUUUGAAAUUUUUUUUAUCAUUCAAACCUGGAAAACAGCAAGCUUCUAACUUCAGCUGGUAUACAUAUUCUUUCUAAUCAAGAUUGUUUUCAGCUUCACAUCUAAUAUUAAAAUCUUUUACUCGAUCAAUGACAGAAAUAAGGCUUUUAUGGAUAGAUGCAUGACUACCAGUCAUGGUUUUCUUAAAAAAAUUUAAUCAUUUAUGUAAAAAAUAUGAUUCCUAUAAGCAUGCAUAGCUACUCUAAAGUUGUACACAUAGCACGGAAAAAUAGCCUUUUCUUUUCUGCAAGAAUAUCUUAUGACAAAGAAAAUAUGCAGAAAGAUAGUUUUACUUAUAUUAUGCAACUAAAGUUAUUAUACAUCUUCAAACAGGAUUAAACUGGCACAAGAAAGGAAUAAGAUAAUAUGUAAUGAUUUCAGCUCAGUACUAGAUGCUUCCUAAAAUGUUUUUAUUUUAAAAUAAAUUAAAGAGCAGUAAUCAUGGUAUGCCAUGACAAAUAUGAGCAUAGUGUGCCUUCACUUUCCAUUACUUAUAGACAAAGCCAACUGUGGAGGCGUUCUGCAGUAGGUAGCUGCUGGAAUCUACUCUUCUGCUUUUACUUAUUUGGAAAUAUGCUUCUCUCAUUCCUGCAAUUUGAAGUGCAGACAUCACGUCAGUGUAUGCCACUGCAUCUUGCAUCAGUUUUGAAGAUCAGGCCUGGCCCUUGCAUCCCCUCCAUUCUUUUCUGUCACUUACAUAAAUUGGAUCUUAGCCUUAACAUUCAUCAUGGAAACUUAUGUGUUUGAUGCCAAAUAAGCUGAAUCUUUAAGUUGUCCUGGGUUAACCAUUGGCCAUAAUCACCACAGAAACUGACUGUACUGCUUACUUGAGAUGAAUUAUGGCAAGUCCUCAAGCAAGUAUGAAUGCUUAACCUUAGAAACCCAUUGAUGAAGGAAGGAGAUAUCUGAAGCCUACCCUACUUCUUUAAAGAUGGCAACAUGAUGAAAUGAGAUGAAAGUACCCAGUAUAAGGACCAGCAGGAUGUUCCCGUUGUGCAAUUCCUGGAUGGUGAAGAGUAGCAUGAGAAAGUGAUAGGGCAGGAUACCAAACAAUGGCUCUCUUAACCUUAACUUCCUGUGACUUUGAGUCUACUUCAGAUAAACAAAACCCCACAUACCCGAAAAUGACAUAACCAAGAUGAAAAUACUGAAUUAACUGACACCACACAUCACUGAGAAUUUAGAGGGAAAGAAAGCGGUCAGCCACAAUCAGAAGUUUACCCUUUUCUUCACUAUAGUGCAAUCUCAGAGCUGGUAUAUUUAGUUAUGGGGAGUGAGGAGGAUGCAGCCCCCACAUUGGGGGGUGUGGAGGUUCCGAAUGGUUCAGUGUGUUUUUUUUGUGUGUGUUGGCCAGCUGCAUCCUUUCCCUGGGUAAAUUGUCGGCUAUGUGUGGAGUCAUUUUUAGUGUUGUUGUGUCAGUUUUUUCGUUUUUGGGUAUGUGGGUUUUCGAUUAUUUGAAUUAGACCCAUGAGUUUACCUUGUCCUUAUGCAUUACAGCUUCUUUUUAACUAGCGAGAUGUUGUGCUCACAUCCUAUUACCAUAGGUGAGAGAGAAAUGAUGGCUAUUGUCACAGCAGACAUACAGAAUGUAUGGUCUAAAGGAUAUGCACUAUCCUUCCCAUGUAGAACAUCCAGGUUAUUCUCCCACCCUGCUUACUUCCAUGGAUAGAGUCAUACAUUCUUCUACUGCAUACAUAGUGUUUGAACUACAGACCAAGGAAUGACCAUAUCAGGCCUUCCCUUGAACUCCUCAGGACCCAUUGGACAAAGUUUAGGACACUGUCAUGGGUCUUCCUAUGCACACAUGACUUACUACACAGCCCCAAACACUGUAUAGUCACUAGGUCUUUGACAUCUGGUGGAAACUACUCUCCCUCAGGUGCAGAACUACACCUUCAUGGAGCCUAGAUUUAUGCCAGUGUGACGCCCUGUACUUGCCAUUUCUUCAUAAUGCCACCUCUGACAACUGCUCCUAUGGGUGCUAGGACCAAGUGGUCCAAACUUUCUUGACACUCUCUUUUAUCUUGAGACUUUAGGCCAACUCACAAUGAAAACAGGAUGAGAAUGCAGUCUUCCUCCAUCUUGGUAUUGUGAAAAGUUGACUCUGUUGAUCACAAUGUGGUAAUUUCCCUGAUUGAUAAAGACAAUUCCUGUUGUUCCCGCCUUGAACGAUCUUCCGCUUUGGGGACAUGCACAGACUGAUAAUAUCUUACAAUGAAUAAUUGUAGAGCUUUUCUCCCGGGCCUCUACUGAAAAAGGGCAAUCAUCAACUCAGCUGGACAAACGUGGUCAACAAAUGUAAAAUAAAAUAAAAAUAAAUAAAUAAAAUAAUGGGUGUCAUCUCCCUAAAAUGCUUGAAUUGUUUUCUGGUCAAGAAGGAUGAGAGAUUUAUUAUACCCUACGGAUGGUAUAUUGAAGUAUGGCAUAUCGGCAGCCCCUACACAUCUAAACUCUGCUUUCUUACCUCUAAAAAUGGCAAAUGACUGUUACUUGUUCUUAGAUAAACACAGUAAGAUUCUGACAAAGCUUGCUUGGGGAACUGCUACCACAGCAUAUUUUGUGUGUAAUCAUAUCAGCUUGUAACAAGAACUUGAAGUAUACAAAAUAUAUAAUGUUUAGUCAAUAUUUUGCAACACCAAUUCCUACUCUUUUAAAAUUGUCAUAUUUUUAAAUGUUGUUAAUAGGUCUCAGGAUGUGGCUAUGACAAAGAAAACUGAAGGUGGGGGUGGCAAUAAAAUAAAGACAUUAGCUGGACCAGCAAAAGCAGUAGAAACAAAUCUAAAGCAUGAAAGAGAAAACCUGCUUUCUCCUCUUCAAGGCUCGGGCUUUGCUUUACAGACAAUGCUGCCAUGUUUGCUCUAGAGUAACACAUUGCCCAGGCUAUAGAAGUAAAUUAAAAAAAUUACCAUGCUGAUCCAAGACUAUAUUUAUUUUUAGAGAGUAUUCUUACAAUUUGAAGAUUCACAGAGUUCUGUACCUUGUUCAAUGUAUUUUAAUUUACUUAUUCCUGCAAAAAUAAUACUGUCCUAGGAUUAUUGAUAACUUCUUUUUUUUUCAAAAUAAGGCAUAAUUCAGUGGAAAAUAAUAAAAAGUGUGUUCAGCAUCUAGAAAUGAUUGGUUAGCAUCAGUAUAUGGGCUAUUUUAAUGCAAAGGUCAUUGCACAGACAUGCAAGUAGCGGCAAAGAUGCUGCCAAACAUUUGUGAUUGUUUACAUUUUGGAGUAGAAGAUUCCAUUAGUAUGACAAUUAAAGCUAGAAUAAUUCUGGCUGAAUUCAAAUGAUACAGCUGUAGAAUAAUCAUGUUAGCUUUAUUCAUUGAUUUUUAUACUGUGCCGAGGUUUCCGUACACCAUAUUAUGUUGAAUCCUGAUGAGGACUCAAAUCUUCAAGUUCAGCAAAUUACUGUUGGCGUGGUUUCUAAGUCACUAGCACUGAGUUAUUUUCCCUUUUUUUGAUAUUUUCUCUUUUGUUUUCCUUUGGCCACCAAAGAGUUUGUUUAACUAAGGUCAGGUGGUGAGAGAGUCACCCCCAUAUUUGGUGCACAGAUGGACUUCAUAGUUCUACUAUGAAAUAAUGAUUUCCUGAAAGCUGACAUUCCAAAAGAAUGGAAAAAAAUGUCAAAAUCCGAAAGGGUGAAAGACUUCUUUUUUCUUGUUUUUUUGCAAGGGGCAACCCCGCCACACCCCUCAAAGUUAUAUACAUCAUCUCCAUGUUCGCUUCAACUGGAAGAAGGGAGAGAUUUCCCUAAAGAAGUGAAUCAGUUCCAGCACACAAUGAUUUUCUCUGGGGAAAAAGCAUUUGGAGUUAAGCCAUUCAUCUUCUUGUUUUCUACAGGCUACUGACUCUCCAGCAAUUUUACCAUGAUCAUGUAUAGGGAAGCUAGACUUGACCCUUGGAGAAAAUGUUUACUUUUUUUGAGGAAAGUUGAGCUCCCAAUCUGUUGAACUUAACAGACUGAGUCAUGAUUAGACUGAAACAUUGAAACUUGAUAAUUCUUAGGUGAAACCUUUGCAAAAGGCAAACUUAUUGUUUGCAGAAUGACAGCUAGUAGAGCAAAGGUGAGCAAUAGAAGAACAAUACAGUUAAGUAGGACUUGUGGCACAUAAUGUUUUAUGAAUGAAUGAAAAACAAUGUGCCACACUUUCUGUUUUCCAUUAAAGUAGUGGCAAUUGUUUCAGUAAGAAUAAUAAAUGGUUUAUCUCAUAUGCAUGUUACAUUACAGCCCAAACUAUUACAUUUAAAGUCUGAUCAUAUGUUUGCAACAACCUAGCGAGAAAAAAAAAGAAAAUGCAGUCCCAUUGUCCACUGAACAAUUGCCUAAUGAAGGAGUUGUGUAUUGCACUUGUAUGACACUUUUUUGCAGAAUUAUCCAAACUCGAGGAUAUGCUGGUAGACAACGACGCUUGCAAACAAAAUAUGUAGAACAUGCUUAAUAUUUCUGCAACAUGAAUAUGAUAACAUGAAAACUACACUGUUAUGCGUGAUCGUGCAUUUCUGUACUUCCUGUACUUAGAAUAUUGCAGCUCAGUAAUUGAUCUGAUUGUAGUUCCGAUCACUAAGUAAAGCAGUUGUACAACACGAUAUAGAGGUGUUGCAAAUGCUAAGGACAUUUUAUUAGUUAAGUGCUAAUAUAUGUACAUUCCUUGUUCCUACAAGCCUACAGUUGUAGUUGUUAAUAACUCUAUAUGUACUCUACCUAUCUGUCUGGUAAUAGUUUAACUUGUCCAAUAAAUUAGAAUAAUGCUAAUUAUUUUUUUUUUCUUUUCCUUCAUUUCAGAUUGCUAUCUUAUAGUUCAUAUUUGGUAGAGAACAAGGAACUUUUGAUAUAUUUCUACUUUUUGUAUUGGCAUUUGUAUCAUUUUGUUUCUGAACACCUGGUGAAUUAUUAAACUUCACAAUAAAAGAAAUGUUUUACUAA